AUGUGGAAGAAGGAGAAAGAAGGGAAGAAAGGAGAGGAGAGGGAAAGAAAAAAAGGGAGGGGAGGGAAAGAGGGAGGGAGAGGAGAGAAGGGAAAGAGGGAAGAAAGGAGGAGAAAAAAGAGAGAGGGGGAGAAGAGAAGGGAAAGAAAAAGAGAGGAGAGAAAAGAGAGGGAAGGGAAAAGGAGAAAGGAGGAGAAGAAAGAAGGGGGGAGGAGAGAGAGAAAAAAGGGGAAAAGGGGGGAAAAUGGGAGAGAGAGAGAAAAAGAGGAGAAAGAGAGAGGAAAGGAAAGGGGAGAGGAAAAGAAAAAAAGGGGAAGAAAAGAGAAGAGAGAAAAGGAAAGGAGAGAAGAAAGAAGGAAGAAAGAAAAGGAGAAGAGAAAGAAAAGGGGGAAAGGAAAGAAGGGGGAGAAAAGAAAAGAAGAAGAAGAAGAAAAAAGAGGGGGAGAAAGGGGGAAGGAGGGGAGGAAAAGAGAAAGAGGAGAGAAAAGGAAGGGAAAGAGGGGGAGGGGGAGGAAGGGAGAGAGAGAGGGGGAGGGAAAGGAAAAGAAAAGGGAGGGGAAGAGGAAAGAGGAGGGAAGGGGAGAAGAGAAAGAAGAGGGAGAGGGGAGAAGAAGAGAAGAAAAGAAAGGAGAGGGGAAAGGAAAAGAGAAGAGGAGGGAAGGAAGGAAGGAAGGAGGAAAAGGAAAGGAAGAGGAAGAGGAAGGGGAAAAAAGAGGGAAAGGGGAGAAGAAAGAGGAGGGAGGGAGGGAGGGAGAAAAGGAAAGAAGAGGGAAAAGGGAAGGAAAAAAAAAGGAAAGGGGAAAAAAAGGGAAGGGGAAAAUAAGGGAAAGAGAGGGGAGGGAAAAGGAAGGAAGGGGAAAAGGGGAGAAAGAGGGAAGGGAGAGAAGAGGGAAGGGGGGAAGGGGAGGGGGAGGGAGAGGAAGGAAGAGGGAAGGGGGAAAAGAGAAGGAGAGGAAAAGAGAAGAGGAGGGAAGGGAAAAAAGGAAAGGGGAAGAGGAGAGAGAAGGGAAGAGGGGGGAAGGGAAGAGGGAAAGGAGGGCAGAGGAAAAGAAAUAA